AUGGAUGAUACAAUAUCAGCUGGUGAUGACCAUAUUCAUGAUCAACAUGAAUAUCCUAUUGAUUAUGCAGACGAAGAUCAAGAUUUCGAGUUAUCUGAUGAUGAUUCUCUACAUAAUAUCGAUUUUGAAAUAGACGAGAAUACCAAUCUAAAUCUAGAAAAUGAAAACCAGCUCUUUGAUGAUGAUGCAGAUGAUACUAUAGCCGAUGAUAAUAUUGAUUUACCGAAAGCUUAG